AUGCCGGCAGAGAAGAAGAGCGACGCGACAGCGACGCGGAAACCCGACUCACCUCACUCGCCCAAGUCGCCAGCCUCCGCCGGCGCGACAACAGCCUUUGCUUCUGCGAAGAAGAAGUCUAUCCUGCGUCCGAAGCAGAAACCGCCGACAGUUCCCGUGAACAAGAGCAGCUCUACAAGCAGUAGUACAUCUGUGGGCAAACACCCGAAUUUUCUCUCGCCACUGCCAGCGAGCUCACCGACGAGACCGCGCGACUCGGCAAAGACUGGCAUACACCCGCAAGCGUCACCCCAUUCCCCAGGUGUAGAAGAUGCGUCCGCACCGCAGCCGGCCUGCGACGGCAGUCACGGCAAGGGCCAUCAGGCUAACCACGUGGUUGUUCCUUCCAAUGCGAGCUCCGCAGCGCCGUCGCGGCAGAACUCGACGACGCUGCACCCCCUUUGCCGCCACAGUAGCUUGCGCAAGACCGCCUUCGUUGUCGUAGACUACGGCGCGACCGCCGAGCAGGGCACCCGCAAGACGAUGGAGGAUCAGCAUACGAUGCUGUCCGAGGGGAUUCCGUUUUUCGGCGUCUACGACGGUCACGGCGGCACCCAAUGUGCGGAGUACCUCCGCGACCAAUUACACGGGCUCAUCCUCGGCCAUCCAGAGGUGAAGACUAAUCCCGAGAAGGCCAUCGUCGAUGGCAUAGUGGAGGCUGACCGAGCCUUCCUCGCCCGCUCUGAGGCGGAGACGAACGAGUCUGGCAGCGUCUGCGCGGUCGCUCUGAUCAUAGACGACAAGCUUGUGGUAGGGAACGUGGGCGACGCCGAAGUUGUGCUUUCGCACAACGCAAAGCCAGUAGUUCUCACCGUGCGACACAACAUCGCCAGUAACCCGAGCGAGGAGGAGCGAAUUCGGUCUGUAGGGGGCAAGGUGUGCCACAAUCGUGUAGGACACCCGAACUACAACCCGGCGGUCGUUAGUCUUGCCGUGACGCGUGCCAUCGGAGACGCAGGCUUCAAGCUUGCCAAGUACACGGAUGGUAAGCCUUCCGGAGUGAUCGCUGUCCCGGAGACGUCGGUUACCCGACUGACGGAUGAGGAUGAGUUUCUCGUGAUCGGUUGUGACGGACUCUGGGAUGUCAUGACAUACGCAGAGGUAGUAGACUUUUGCUCCCAACGAUUACGGGAAGGCGUGCCGGCGCAGUGUAUCGCCGAGGAGUUAGCUCAGGCAGCUCUCACGAAAGGGAGCACUGAUAAUGUUACUGCCAUGCUGGUUCACUUGACACGUCGGGAGGGACCUCUGAGCACGCGCGAGUUUGUGCCUGAAGCGGCUGUAUCGACCUCAACGCGCAACCUCUCCGAAGAACCUUAG